GCAGAGUUUUUGCUGACAUCAGCUUUACCUGUUGCACGUGUUUCGAUUUUGGCAGAUGUUGGCUGAAAACUUAAAACUAUGGCUAAUGUUAAGCUACAAUCAUGAAUACGAAGAAAAGAGAGGGCUUGUCAAGAGGAUAAUGGAACGUUUAAGGGGGAAGUACGGGUACCAGACAUGGCUUGAUAAAGAACAAAUGUUUGGAUCCACUGAAGAAAAGAUGACUGAAGCCGUCAGAGAAGCGGACAUCGUUCUGAUUUUCUGGUCACCUGAAUACGAUAAAAGUAAAAACUGUAAAUUCGAAUGUGAGCGUGUUGAAGAAUUCCAAAAACCAUUUAUUGUACUGAAAAUGGAAGACGAUAAAAUGGAAGAAACCUCAUGUGUUAAACGAGUGAUGAAAAAGGAUCUUUACGUGAAAUUUUCACGUGAGGCGGAUUUUGAAAAAAAUUUUGAUGAAUUGCUGAGAGUCUUAAUUUUGACGGAGAGAGACAUUGCAAACAAGCAGCCCAGGAACAAGCCAGACCCGAUGCAAGAUGGUGGUGGCAGCGGCGCUGCAUCCAGUUCGCAACAGCAGCCAGCAGUAGGUGGUGGCAGCGGCGGAGCAUCCAGUUCGCAACAGCAGCCAGCAGUAGGCUGCGGCGGUGCACCCACUUUGCAACAGCAGCCAGCUAGAGAUAGCGGUGACGCAUCCAGUUCGCAACGGCAGCCAGGCGGUAGCGGUGGUGCAUCAAGUUCACGAGGGCAGUCAGCAGAAGCUAUCCCUGAGGACGAUUACUACGAUUUGCUGCACGUUGUGUCAGAGUGGUGGGAGUCAUAUGGUAGUAAUACCGGUAUCCAUAUGAUGAAGGUAUUAAUUCGGCAGUUUAAAGACAAAAUUGGUAAGGAGGAGCUGCGUGUCGCGAAUGACGUUAGGGCUUUAUUUAGAUUAAUGAAGGCAAUUGGAGUGGCGAACAGUUUAAAAUAUGAAGUUAUUUUGGAGGUUGUUAAAAUUUGUGGCCUUGACGGUGUAGAGACAAAUAUUAGAAAAAUUGAGCCAACUUUUGAAAAUUUUACUUUAAAAGAUGUAGAAAUCAAAACAUUUUCCUCUUAUCGACAAAAUCUGAUAAAAUUUGGGAAAAGUUUGUCAAAGGAUGAAAUUGUGACUCUUGGUCACCUGUAUAAUAUACCUCAGAAAACUAUGAACCACAAAAGUCCAUGGCUUCUAAUUUGUGCACUGGAGGAUAAACAAAUUAUCCAAGAAAAUUCAGCAGAAAAAUUGAUCAAAAGGUUAAGAAGAAAUAAUAUGCACAAGCAGGCAGAUAUAUUAGAAAGUCCAUCCGCAUGAGGAGAAUAAUGAAUGGAAAUGCCAAAAUUAAUGUUGUGAACUGUAUAUGCACACAACGAAAACGUAGAUAUCAAACAUUUAUUUACUUAAUACACAAAUAUAAGGAGCGACCCGACAAAUGCACUACUAAAUAAAACAUAAUUCUGAGAAGAAGUUAAACGAGAACAUGACAACCGAAAGUAAUGUAAAUUACCAUGCGUUUAUGAUAUUCUAAAUAGACAGCAAAAAUAUCACAGUAAACACUUCAUCUUCAACAAAUUCGAACAGGAAUUGUGAGGUACAUUGUUAAGCAUUUUUAAAGCUUACUGUCAUUGACAUGUAGUGGUUGAAAACUUAUUCUUCCGCGGCUAUGUAUGUUGCAACAACGAUACCAGAAACACAAGAUAAAUCUCUCGCAUUGUAAAAACAUGAAGGGGAUAAUCGUCAUACCUUUUACGCAUAUCCUGAUGUAGGCGGCGCCCUUUUCUUUCUGCUACUUAUGGGCUAAUGAUGGAAACUCAUUACUAAUCAGAGUCCAUCCAUACGCGGCUCCCCGUUUUUCUUGCAUUCUUAUUAUGCAUUUCGGUGCGACAGUUCUUUUUUUUAAUGUGAAAAUCUUGUGUUUCUUAUCUUUGGUUACAACUGUUAUCUUAAGAAAUUGUGUAAUGGUUUAUAUUAAAUGCGGAUAUAAUGUGUUUUUAUCGUACCAGCAACAUUUCUCCUAGUCAGGAGAAAAGGUGUAGUAGAAUAUUGAAGAUAGUGCCCUACGCGGCAAUUACGCGUUUAGCUAUUGUAUAAUUAAGCGGUGGCGGUAUAAUAAAGUUUUACAAUAUAAUAAUUAGCAGUUCUGUACUAAACAGAAUUAGAAACUCGGUAAAAGUAGUGUAGUAUAUACAUUAUGAUUUCAUCAACAUGUGUAAUGGAACAAUGUAUCAGGCGAACACAAAAUGCGAGUUAUGACGUUAUACAUAAUGUUCUAAAUACGUAUUUAUGAUUCUACAAAAAAAAAUGUGUACACCAAGUUAUCAUAACGUUAUCUUGCAUGAUCUUCACAAGGUAAAUAGAACAACCAUUUAAAAAUUUUGGUGACGUAUUCACAGUUACGUAUAUUUUACUAUUACUGUUUUAUUGUAUUGCUUUAAAGUAGUUAGCAUAUUUGCCCCAAGUUUAGCAGUGUUGUACAUAGAUUUAACCUUUACAUUGUUAUUUUGUAAACUACAUGAAAUAAUUAGAUUUUCUUGUUCUACUCUUUGCUGUGAAAGUAGUAAGUACGUAGCGUGUAUCACACUGGCUUUAGAUAUUCUGUUUACUGUAGCAACAUUUUUCAUUUAAGAUUUUUGAAUAAUUUGGUAUAUUUCGCUGUCAACAAAUAAUUGUGUAGACCUUUACUGUCGGACAGGUAAAAUAUAGCCGUAAUAUUACAUCACUCUUGACGAAUAACCAUUCGAUAUGUGUGUCAAUCAGAUAACACGGCUGAAAAAUACAUUUGUUAAGGUUGACGAAGCAUUAAAGUUUGACAUUAAUUUUAACAUUUGCAGUGAGUAUUAUGAAUUACUAAGAACAAAAACUAAAAUGUUAUGACCAACAGUCGUGGGAAAACCAUCGACUGAAGAACAUUCAUCGGAGUCAUCAAUGUGAUUUAUCGUCAUGUAUUAAAAAGACUAUUACAAAAUAAAAUA